UCGGAGGGGACCGAGCCUGGGGCGGUCCGGGCGCCGGGUCGGUCCCUGCGGGGCGGUCCCUGCGGGGCGGGCGGGGCCCGACGGGCGCUCUGUGUGGCCGCGGCCAUGAAGCCGCAGCCGCCGGGCUAGGCCCCGGGCGGCUCUAGCCCAGGGCGGCCCGCGGAGGGCUGGGCCCAGCCCCCGGCGCCGGUUCCGGGCCGGCGGGCGGCCGCUCACCAUGCCCGGCAAGCACCAGUUCUUCCAGGAACCCGAGGUCGGCUGCUGCGGGAAAUACUUCCUGUUUGGCUUUAACAUCGUCUUCUGGGUGCUGGGAGCCCUGUUCCUGGCCAUCGGUCUCUGGGCCUGGGGUGAGAAGGGCGUUCUCUCCAACAUCUCGGCGCUGACGGAUCUGGGAGGCCUUGACCCCGUGUGGCUGUUUGUGGUGGUUGGAGGCAUCAUGUCGGUGCUGGGCUUUGCCGGUUGCAUUGGGGCCCUCCGGGAAAACACCUUCUUGCUUAAGUUUUUCUCCGUGUUCCUUGGCCUCAUCUUCUUCCUGGAGCUGGCAACAGGGAUCCUGGCCUUCGUCUUCAAGGACUGGAUUCGAGACCAGCUCAACCUCUUCAUCAACAACAAUGUCAAGGCCUACCGGGACGACAUUGACCUCCAGAACCUCAUUGACUUUGCUCAGGAAUAUUGGUCUUGCUGUGGAGCCCGAGGCCCCAACGACUGGAACCUCAACAUCUACUUCAACUGCACUGACUUAAACCCCAGCCGGGAGCGCUGCGGGGUGCCCUUCUCCUGCUGCGUCAGGGACCCUGCGGAAGAUGUCCUCAACACCCAGUGUGGCUAUGAUGUGCGGCUCAAACUGGCCACGCCGAGCCUGGUGCCCCUCUGUCCCCAGGAGCUGGAGCAGCAGGGCUUCAUCCACACCAAAGGCUGCGUGGGCCAGUUUGAAAAGUGGCUGCAGGACAACCUGAUCGUCGUGGCCGGGGUCUUUGUGGGCAUCGCCCUCCUCCAGAUCUUUGGCAUCUGCCUGGCCCAGAACCUCGUGAGCGACAUCAAGGCCGUGAAAGCCAACUGGAUCAAACACGAUGAUGGCUACAACCUGCUCAAAUAAACACAAACGUGAAAACCACUGGCUUC